AAAGUUAGGUUGUGAGUUUUGGCCCCAAUUAUUUAAAAGUUGUUUGUAGGGCUUGCAACUGCAAAGUACUUUAUUUAAUGCAAAUAUUCAAAGUUUAGCUUCCAGAAAGUUUUCAAUCUGGAUCUAAUAUACUGAGGUAUUACACCCCAGAAAACUCCCAAAUGUUCCUUUUUAGUGACAGGGCUGUUUGUUUACUUCAUCAAAAUACAUGUUUUUAAAAGGAUAUUAUCAAAUAUUCACCAGCUAAUUCUACAAUAGGACAAUCAUUUGCUACUACUUGUGCUAUUGGACUUGAAAUUUUGCUUAGUCUGAAUUUGAAAUAUGUCGAAGUACGCGGAGCUAAAGAAACGUUACGAUUCAAUGGAAAAUGUGCUCCAAUAUAUCAGCCAACGUUCCAUUGCACUGGAAGACGAGGCAAAGAAGAGAAACAACGCCAUUCUGAAGGAGGUUACAGAUAUGGUAAUUGGAAAAAUAAAGGAGAAAAACCAACUUUUUCGUAAACUGUAUACAGAAACGUUCUAUGGAGGUAGCUUUUACGAUAACUUGAAAGUAGGAUGCCCAGACGAAUUCGAUUUGGAUUUGAUUUUAAAUAUGCCAGAUGUAACUAAGCCUAUUGUAUGGUGUAGUGACCAUUCUGGAUUUGUCUAUGUUCGCUUAACGGAACUAUCAACCCUCGCUCCAAAGGAACCACACGAGGAUCUUAAGGUGCUCUUGGACGACACAUCUUUUCUAGCUACUAAUAAGUUAUUAUGUUGGUUUGAGGGGCUAAUCACCUCAGCCCUUAAUGGGCUGCCUAGAGAUGCUCACGCAAGGACUUACUUGGAUGUAAUACGUAACAGAUCUCAUCCAGAUGAUAUUCUUAGGCUCUAUAUUGAAGCAAGGAAAAGUGGCCCGGCGUUUACUUUACACUUAUAUGGGAAAGAUGACUCAAAUACAGACAUUAAAUUGGAUAUUGAUUUGGUUCCUUGCUUCAAGUUUAAUGAGACGCAGUGGUCAAAUAAAUACAAAAAAUUUUCUGCAAAAAAGUACAAAUCUAAAACCUUUUUAGUAGUGGCCAAAAAGCUUAAGGAAACUGGUUCGGUAAAUACCCUUACCAUCAAUAGGUACUGGCGGUUGUCGCUUCAAGAGCAGGAGCGUGAGCUCAUUUCUGGAAACGAUUUUCAGUUCCUUAAACCAGCACUUAGACUACUAAAGAAAUUAAGGGACAAUGACAACCAUAAAAUCGCUAGUUACUUUAUCAAAACCGUAUUUUUAUGGAAGGUGGAAAAGGAAGAUAGUUCCUUUUGGUCGACUUCGCUCAGCGUGGUAUUUAUGUGUAUGUUGAAAAUGUACCAAGAGUAUUUAGAAAAUAAGGAAAUACCAUACUUUUGGAAUUCUAAUUACAAUUUGAUUGCGUGCCUUAAGCCAUGCACUGUAACGGACAUUGCUAACAGGUUCCAGCGUAUUAUUAAUGCUGUUGAGAAAAGUGUGAUCGAGGACCCCUAUUUAAUCGGAAAGUAUUUGCUUUCCAAGGAAGAUUAUGCCACGUUACCCACCUCAGUACCAAUCGGAAAGAAGCACGGAAAACGUAAACAAAAUACUGAAUGCGUUAACGCGCUCAUGACGCGUUUAUCUUUAAAUGAUACUACAGACUCCGCUCCUCUUGAGCAAUUGGGUUUCGAUAGUGAGACACGAGAGCAUUAUAGGUACCUAUCAGAUCGUUUGGAGGAAAAAAAUAAGGAGAAUAUGCAAUCUAUUAUGCGUUCAUUGAACCAACAAGCAAUUGAUCUACACGACCUAUCACUUUCACUGAAGAAAGUUGAUAGAAAAAUGGAUGCUAUUCUGAAAAACCACGAGGAAACAAACAAGGAACUAGCAGUAAUGAACGAAAGAGUCAGCGUGCUGGAAGAUCGAUUCAAAGUGACGCUGUUCAACAUUAAUUUGCCUGGAAUUAAUGAUAUACUAGAAAACCUUACAAAUCAUCCAUAGCAACAUUAUUUAGUAAUUUGUAAUGUUUUGGCAACUUGGGUUAGACCGCAAUUUCUAAUUUUGUUUCUGCUUAGACUGUCUUAAAAUGUACACAUAUUUUUGUUUGUUGCAUGUUUUCGUUUAUUUUGUUUUUGUAUUUUUAUCCUGAAUAUACGAAUAAACGUUUUAGUACAA